CGUCACCACGGCGGCUCAACACCACAACCCAAGAAAAUCGCACAGCGGCAGUGCCAUUACGAACUUUCCAUUCUCCUUGUCUCUCUUUAACUUUCCUUUUUCUUUUUCCUUCUUCUUUUGUCUACCUCACACGCCCUCUAUGAACUAAAAAUCCCUUCUUGCUGUCCGCCAAUUUCAUCCGCCGCCAUGGCAGACUCCUAUCCCACCUUGACGCAAUGCGCGCUGGUGGCCGCCGCGUUCAAAGUGCUGCUGUUCCCAGCAUACAAAUCGACUGACUUCGAGGUUCACCGCAACUGGCUGGCCAUUACAAACUCGCUGCCCGUCAACGAAUGGUACUACGAAAAGACGUCCCAAUGGACCCUCGACUACCCGCCCUUCUUUGCCUACUUUGAGUGGCUCAUGUCCCAUAUUGCCCGCCUCGUCGACCCAGCCAUGGUACAGGUCUGGAACCUCGAGUACGACAGCUGGCAGACCGUCUACUUCCAGCGCGCCUCUGUCAUUGUCACCGAGAUCCUGCUCGUCUAUGCGCUGCAGCUAUACAUUGAUUCGGCCCCGCUGGGCGCGAAGAGAGCGUCCAAGGCCGCUGCUAUUUCUAUCCUCUUGUCGCCCGGCCUGCUCAUCAUCGACCAUAUUCACUUCCAGUACAACGGCUUCAUGUACGGCAUCAUGAUCCUGUCGCUGGUCCUGGCCCGCUCCAAGAAUACCCUGCUGGUCAGCGGCUUCAUCUUUGCGGCCCUGCUCUGCUUCAAGCACAUCUAUCUCUACCUGGCACCGGCCUACUUUGUCUUCUUGCUCAGAGCCUACUGCCUGUCGCCAAAGUCAAUCUUCCAGAUCCGCUUCGACAACUGCCUCAAGCUGGGCAGCGGUAUUAUCGCCAUUUUUGCCACGGCGUUUGGGCCGUUUGCCGUCAUGGGUCAGAUUCCUCAGCUUAUGAGUCGCCUGUUUCCCUUUUCUCGCGGCCUUUGCCACGCUUACUGGGCUCCCAAUGUCUGGGCUCUCUACUCGUUGGCUGACCGUGUCCUUAUCCACUUGGCGCCUAGACUUGGCCUCCCCGUCAAGGAGGAUGCCUUGCAGAGUGUUACGCGUGGCCUCGUGGGCGACACUGCGUUUGCUGUGCUGCCCGAGAUUACACCCCGCGUCUGCUUCCUGUUGACGCUGCUCUUCAUGUGCUUGCCUCUGGUCAAGCUCUUCAACAAGCCAACUUGGGAGAACUUUAUUGGCGCCGUGACACUGUGUGGCUAUGCAUCCUUCUUGUUCGGCUGGCACGUCCAUGAGAAGGCCAUCCUGCUCGUGAUCCUGCCUUUUAGCCUUAUUGCGCUGCGUGACAGACGCCAUCUCAGCGCUUUCCGACCUCUGGCUGUGGCUGGACAUGUCUCACUGUUCCCGCUGCUCUUUACACCAGCCGAAUUCCCCAUCAAGGCCAUCUACACUGUCCUCUGGUUGAUGGUGUUUUUGAUGGCGUUUGACCGCUUGGCGCCGGCGUCGACGCACCCGCGCUUCUUCUUCCUGGACCGCUUCAGCACGCUUUAUAUUGCGCUGUGUAUCCCGCUGGUGGCAUACACUUCAUUGGUGCAUAAUGUGAUUUUCGGAGGGAGGCUAGAGUUUUUGCCGCUCAUGUUUACGAGCGCGUAUACGUCUGUGGGCGUGGUAGGCAGCUGGGUUGCGUACUUGGCGGUAUAUUUCACUAGCUAAAAGGGGAUGUAAUGGUUGGGGACUUAAUAUUAUUUGUCUGAUGUUUAUGCUACUUUAUUGUGUUUGUGCUUGUGCGUUGACUACAGUAGGGUUCCAGGAUGCCACUAUGUCGCUAAUGGAUGCGUGAAUGAAGAGGCAUAAAACACCGUCAUGGGUGGUUGAUAUCCGUCAUAAAACAGCGGUAGAUGAAAGAGAUCAAUGGAAUUUAACGUGUCCUU